GUAGCGGGUGGUCAUUUUCCAUCAGGCUGUCAUGCAACACACGCUGGCACAAAUGUCAGGAACACUUUCUCCUGCCAGGUCUCACACAGGCACUUGUGUGUGCCAGGACUUCACUAACACCCUCCCUCACCGACUCUGUCCUUGUCUCUUUCCUCUUCCCUCAUUCUCCCACUCUGUCCUUCUCUCUUUCCUCUUCUCUCCCUCUCCCACUCUGUCCUUCUCUCUUUCCUCUUCUCUCCCUCUCCCACUCUGUCCUUCUCCCUUUCCUCUUCUCUCCCUCUCCCACUCUGUCCUUCUCUCUUUCCUCUUCUCUCCCUCUCUCACUCUGUCCUUCUCUCUUUCCUCUUCUCUCCCUCUCCCACUCUGUCCUUCUCUCUUUCCUCUUCUCUCCCUCUCUCACUCUGUCCUUCUCUCUUUCCUCUUCUCUCCCUCUCUCACUCUGUGUUUCUCUCUUUCCUCUUCUCUCCCUCUCUCACUCUGUCCUUCUCUCUUUCCUCUUCUCUCCCUCUCCCACUCUGUCCUUCUCUCUUUCCUCUUCUCUCCCUCUCCCACUCUGUCCUUCUCUCUUUCCUCUUCUCUCCCUCUCCCACUCUGUCCUUCUCUCUUUCCUCUUCUCUCCCUCUCUCACUCUGUCCUUCUCUCUUUCCUCUUCUCUCCCUCUCCCACUCUGUCCUUCUCUCUUUCCUCUUCUCUCCCUCUCUCACUCUGUCCUUCUCUCUUUCCUCUUCUCUCCCUCUCUCACUCUGUUCUUCUCUCUUUCCUCUUCACUCCCUCUCCCACUCUCUCCUCUCUUUCCUCUUCUCUCCCACUCUGUCCUUCUCUCUUUCCUCUUCUCUCCCUCUCUCACUCUGUCCUUCUCUCUUUCCUCUUCUCUUCUCUCCCACUCUGUCCUUCUCUCUUUCCUCUUCUCUCCCUCUCCCACUCUGUCCUUCUCUCUUUCCUCUUCUCUCCCACUCUGUCCUUCUCUCUUUCCUCUUCUCUCCCUCUCUCACUCUGUCCUUCUCUCUUUCCUCUUCUUUCCCUCUCCCACUCUGUCCUCUCUUUCCUCUUCUCUCCCACCCUGUCCUUCUCUCUUUCCUCUUCUCUCCCUCUCUCACUCUGUCCUUCUCUCUUUCCUCUUCUUUCCCUCUCCCACUGUCCUUUUCUCUUCCCUCCCUCUCCCACUCUGUUCUUCUCUUUCCCCAUUCCCCUCCCUCUCUUCCAUUCUCUCUUUCCCUGUCCUUCUCUCCCCCCGCCCCUCCCCCCCUCUCUCUAUCCCCCCUCUCUCUCUCAGCUCCCUCACUUCAUCAACAGUUCCCUGCCGGCCCAUGAGAAGACCACAGCACUUCAGAUUGACAACUACUUCCGCCAGGAGCUCAUCUACAAACGCAAUGAGCGAAUGGCACGCCGCAUCUCUGCCCUCAUCCAGCGAAACCCCUCCCAGACCUUCUUCUUUGCUUUUGGUGCAGGUCACUUCCUGGGGAACCACAGUGUGUUGGACAUCCUGAGACAGGAGGGCUACGAGGUUGUGCACACACCAUCACACUACCAGGAACCAAUCACAGAAGAACCAACAGAGAGCCCCAGCGAUGGGGGCUCUGAUGUGGGUACAGUCUCUCCAUCUGACUGGGUGACCAGUCCCUCAGACCUGGAUGAUGGACCGGAGGGGCUGGAGGAUGAGGAGCUGCCCCACAUGCUGCUGCCAGACAGCCUGAGCCAGCUGGAGGAGUUUGGGAGACACAAGCGCCCCCGGAAGGCCCACCGCGGUCACAGCCGCCCCCGCCUCUUCAGUGACCUGUGGGUCCGCAUUGGUGACAGUACCCCACCUCCUCAGCCUAAUGUGAGGAUAACCAAAGGCUACGUGACGGUGGAGCCCGCCCUCACCCACCAAGAGCAGCGCAGGAGGGCAGACCUCUACCCCUCCAUGGAGGCCCCCAGCAAGGCUUCCCCCACCCCCAGCUCAGCCCAGUCCAACACUGGCACCACCCACGCUCUCACCUACCUGCUAACGUUGCUUAUCACUUACCUGCUGUUUACCUCCUGACCACACAGUGGAGCUCUCUCCACACACACACACACACACACACUGACACUGACUGUCUCCUUACCUGAGUGAGCAUUGUUAUGUGUCAUAAUCCUAGAACAUACAAAGAUCUACAUAUAAAGAUUCUGCAAACGGGAACUGGAGGUGAAUAUUAACUGCAAUGGGCAUGGAACAUACAUUACACAGAUCAUUUGAAUAUUUGCACAUUCACAGGACAUGGAUAUGAGGGUUGGGGACAACAGACAGACAGACAGACAGACAGACAGACAGACAGACAGACAGACAGACAGACAGACAGACAGACAGACAGACAGACAGGGACCUCUGAGACAGACCGGUCCGUCUUCAGGCUUCUGUGAAGGGAGAUGCAACAGUCUGUAAAAAGUGAUUUAAACUCACACUGUGGGGAAUAAGCUUUUACCCAUGAUGAAAUGGAUGAACGGUCUAUCAGAGAUCUAAUGGAAGAUACCAUAUGGCAUCUAUAUUAUGAAGUUGUCAGUUGUAGAGGCUGAGUCUUUAAACCUCAAGAAAAAAACAUGAUAGAAUAAUGAGUAUAGCACAUGGUCUGGAACUCUCAGAAGAGUCUAGAGAGGUGUCUAAAAUCACCUUAAAUUAGAUAUUAUUAUGAAUAAUAUUGAUAUUAAUGAUGAUAAUAAACAUACUAAUGACAAUAUUAACAGCUAUAACUGUAAUAAGGUCUAAUAUCUUAUAGACAUAGGACGAGGCACACACACAGUGGAAGUUUUUGUAAAUUGUGCAUUUUGUUUAUAAAAAAAAUACUGUAUAUUUAUUAUUUCUCUAAGAGUAUAUUUUAUUGCGUUUUAUCAUUACUGAAAAAUAAACUUUUGGAAAUUCA